UUAUUUUCUUUUGCUUUCUUCACUUGGAAUUUUCACAAGCCCAAUAAUAAAAAGUACCACCUUAGCCGACUAUAUAUAUAUACCUAUAUUUAUAUAGAGAGAGAUACAUAAGAAAUAUACAGUUUAGUAUAUAGCUAUGGCGAUUGACGGAGUAGAAGAGAAGAUGAUGAAGGAGGAGGUGUUCGAUUCAACAACGGCGUCGUUUUUGCUGAAAGAGUUAAAACAGAGUUUCGCCUCUGGUAAAACUCGGAGCUAUGAAUGGAGAGUUUCGCAGUUGAAGAGUAUUUUGAAAUUUGUCAACGAUCACGAACAAGAUGUGGUCGAUGCUCUUCGCUCUGACCUUUCUAAACCUGAAUUCGAAUCCGUCAUCUAUGAGGUAUCUAUGUUAAAGAAUUCAUGUAAAGGGGCUCUUAAGAAACUAAAACAUUGGAUGGUACCGGAAAAGGCUAAAACUUCAAUGACCACUUUCCCUUCUUCAGCUGAGAUAGUGUCUGAACCAUUAGGUGUUGUCUUAAUCAUUUCAGCAUGGAACUAUCCUUUCUUGCUGUCCCUGGAUCCUGUUGUUGGAGCUAUUGCAGCUGGUAAUGCUGUUGUUCUGAAACCAUCAGAAAUUGCUCCAGCCACGUCCUCAUUGCUUGCUAAAUUACUAAGUGAAUACAUGGAUAGAUCUUGCAUAAGAGUUGUCGAGGGAGCUGUUGCCGAAACAUCUGCACUGUUGGAGCAAAAAUGGGACAAAAUUUGUUACACAGGCAAUGGGAAGGUAGGUCGCAUUGUGAUGCAGGCUGCUGCAAAACACCUUACGCCUGUACUUUUGGAGCUCGGUGGAAAAUCUCCAGUUGUUGUUGAUUCAGCCGUCAAUUUACAAGUUGCUGUGAGGCGGAUUAUUGCUGGCAAAUGGUGCUGUAAUAAUGGACAAGCUUGCAUUUCUCCUGAUUAUAUCAUUACAACAAAAGAUUUUGCUCCCAAGUUGGUGGACACUUUGAAAGAGGAGUUAGAGAAAUUUUAUGGGAAGAAUCCAUUACAAUCAAAAGAUUUGUCUCGUAUUGUGAAUUUAAACCACUUUGCUCGCUUGUCAAAGCUCUUGGAUGAUGAAAAGGUUUCUGGUAAAAUCGUCCUAGGAGGCGAAAGAAAUGAAACCGAAUUGAGGAUUGCCCCCACACUCUUGUUAGAUGUGCCCCGAGAUUCUCUGAUCAUGAGUGAAGAAAUAUUCGGUCCUCUGCUUCCAAUUAUUACAGUUGACAAAGUAGAAGAUAGUUUUGAUAUUAUCAGCUCGGGACCAAAGCCCCUUGCAGCAUAUUUAUUUACCAGCAACGAAAAGCUUAAGAAGCAGUUUGUUACGACGGUAUCUGCUGGCGGUGUGGUUGUCAAUGACACUACCAUACAUCUUGCAGUUGACUCACUCCCAUUUGGAGGAGUAGGAGAGAGUGGAAUAGGUUCUUACCACGGGAAAUUUUCUUUCGAUGCUUUUAGCCAUAAAAAGGCAGUUGUCUACCGAAGCUUUCUUGGCGACGCAGCAAUAAGGUACCCGCCUUACACGUUAGGUAAGCUAAGGCUGUUAAAGGCCCUUAUGGGUGGUAGCAUAGUACGCAUAAUCCGAGCCUUGUUUGGAUGGUCUUAGCAACUUUGAAUACAUGUGAGAGUUUGUAACAAAGUUUUUUUUUUCCCUCUAUUUAUGGAUCUUUUGUUUUGAUUUUAAAUUUGAACACGUUUAAUUUAUUCUGGAAUCGGAAAUAAAAUUUGCUAUUUAAUUGUUUGUACACUACAACAAA